AUGCAAGUUAUCACCGAAAGCUGUUACUCAGAGGAGAAGCAUGUAGCCCUCUUGGCAUUCCCAUUCGGCAGCCACCCAUCCAGCAGCCUAACUCUGCUUCGUAAACUAGCAACUGCUGCCCCAAACAUCCUCUUCUCAUUCUUAAACACACCAAACUCUAACCACUCAAUCCUCUCAAAAACAAAAUCCGACGACAACGUCGUUCCACACAACAUAAAGUUCCACGAUGUCACUGACGGAGUGCCGGAGGGUCACGUGCUUACGGGAAACCCAAUAGAGCCUCUAAACCUUUUCCUCAACGCCAUGCCGGAGAAUCUCAAAAAGGGGAUAGACACGGCAGAAGCAAAGACCGGGAAGAGAAUCUCCUGCUUGCUCUCCGAUGCGUUCUUAACUUGUGCUUCGGGGAUUGCCGAGGACAUGAAUGUUCCAUGGAUCCCUAUUUCGUCAUGUUUGCCUUCCGCUCUCUCUGCUCACGUUUAUACCGACCUCAUUCGCGAGUGUUGUGGCAAGGGUAGAAGUGGAAAACUGGAUUUUAUUCCGGGGUUGUCGGCCAUGCAUGUUGCUGACUUGCCAGAGGAGGUGCUGUCUCCGUCGGCCGGCAACGAAGAAGAGUCACCUCUCUCACGCACGCUAAGUCAAAUGGGAUUGGUGCUGCCACGAGCUAAUGCUAUAAUUAUGGGUUCCUUCGAAGAACUAAACCCUCCCCCUCUCAAUCAUGAUCUUAAAUCAAAGUUUAAGAAUGUUCUUUAUGUCGGAGCUCUCUCCCUCUCAUUGCCACCACUGCCUUUACCACCUUCCACUUCUGAUCUGACGGGCUGCCUUUCGUGGUUGGAUGGUAAGAAAUGUGGAUCAGUGGCGUAUAUUGGAUUUGGAACUGCAGCUGCUCUGCCGCAUGAUGACGUAAUAGCAAUAGCUGAGGCACUCCAAACGAGUGAAACUCUGUUUCUUUGGUCUCUUAGCAAUAACUUGAAGGAAUUCUUGCCAGAAGGGUUUCUUGAGAAGACUAGGAUGCGUGGAAAAGUAGAGCCAUGGACACCCCAAAGCCAAGUGCUGGCGCAUGCUUCUGUAGGUGUAUUUGUGACGCACUGUGGAGCAAACUCUGUUUACGAGAGUGUUGUAGAUGGGGUACCACUCAUCUGCCGGCCGAUCUUUGCCGAUCAUCACAUGAUGGGACGGAUGAUAGAGGAAGUGUGGGGGAAUGGCAUCAUAGUUGAGGGUGGUCCAGUUGAUACUCCCAAACCUACUUUACAUGCUGUCAUAGGAGGUUGA